GAGAAAGAAGUAAAAUGGUACAAUCACGAAUUUUUUCCUGUGCCACAAAUUCCACCCAUUUUGCGUGAAAAAGUCACCCCAGAGGCCGUACGAAGGGGCUCCAGGGGCACGCGAGGGCGCUUGGUGGGGGCGUGCAAAUGUGCAAUUGUGCGUGGUGCGCGAGGAUUUCGGUAAAAUGAGCAACAAAAUCGAGUAUUCUCGGAGGAGUCGAAAUGGCGCACAAAUAAUUCGACUAACAAUUCUGUGCGCCCGCAAUCUUGCACGAAAGGAAUUCCUGCGUCUGCCGGAUCCGUUCGCUAAGGUGUCGGUGGACGGCACGGGGCAGGUGCACUCCACGGAGACGUGCAAGGCGAGUCUGGACCCCAAGUGGAACUCGCACUACGAUCUGUACUUGGGCAGCAAGGAUGCCAUCACGAUAUCGGUGUGGAACUACAGAAAGAUCAACAAGAGGCAGGGCAGUGGCUUCCUCGGGUGUGUCCGGAUUCAGGCGGACAUGAUCCAGAGGCUGAAGGACAACGGCUUCCAGCGCCUGGACCUGGGCAAGUACACGCCGGACGAUCAGGAGCAGGUGCGCGGCCAGAUCAUCAUAUCGCUGACAUCGAGAGACGCCCAGGGAAGCACGCCGCUGGCGAUUGUGUCGCCCGGCGGGGACGUGCACGGGCCGGCAGAGGACACGGAGGGCGGCGUGACGGGUGUGCCGUCCAUCCAGGCGCCGGCCAAGAAGGCGCGCGAGCCGGACGCCGAGUUGCCCGAGGGCUGGGAGCAGCGCAAGACGCAGCAGGGGCGCGUGUACUACGUGAAUCACGUGACCAAGUCCACGCAGUGGGACAGACCCACGGCGCCGGCGACGAACGGCACGGGCGGCGGCGGCGACGAGAGCGCCCCGGCGGGACCCUCGCGCUCCGCCACGUGCACGAAUCUGACGAACGGCGUGAGUGCGAGCGACACGUCGCGUCGGCACUCGCUCGAGGUGCUGCUGAAUCUGAAGAACGAUCCGGCACGCGACGCGCGACACAUCAGUCCCGACAGCGCGACCCGUGGCGUACGCGAGGCGACGCAGAGUCCGCCUCAGCAGGUCGCCAACGGCGUGGCGCCCAUCGCGAGUCCCGUGACGACGCCAAAGUGCAAUUCGGCUGAUAUUUUGGCGCAGAACCGAACGCCACAGAGUCAAACGAGGGAUCCGACGACACCGCCGGGAAACAGCACGCAGAACGUCAAUCACCUGGCCAACACCGUCAGCGGACUCGUCCUAGAAUCGCCGAGCCGUCCAGCGUUGAGUGCGAGCAAUAGUUUGAACAACAAUGUCAGCACGCCGCCGCUGGCGUCCAGCGCCAGCAACAACAACACGCCGGCGUCCACGAGUCCGGUGAACAACAAUGCGGCGCAGGAGGUGGACGGGCCGGCGCAGAGUCGCCCCACAGACGCGCAAAGGGCGCGGCGCUCGCUGCGGAACGUGGACGACUCGGCCAGGCGGCGAUCGGCGCGCGGAGCUCGAGUGACGCAGAUUCAGGGAAGAGCCAACGGCGCCUCCGGACGACCCGCUGUGGAUCUUCCGCCAGGAUACGAGAUGCGGACGACGCAGCAGGGCCAGGUGUACUUCUAUCAUAUCCCCACGGGCGUGUCCACGUGGCACGACCCGCGCAUCCCGCGCGACCUGGACACGCAGGCCAUCGCCCUGGACACGCUGGGCCCGCUGCCGUCGGGCUGGGAGCAGCGCAAGACGGCGUCUGGGCGGGUGUACUUCGUGGACCACAACAACCGCACCACGCAGUUCACGGACCCACGCCUCAACGGCCACCUGCUCGGGAUGCUGCGGCGUCAGAGCCAGGCGCCGGCUGGAGCGGCGUCCGCGGGGCCGCCGCUGAGCUGCACGGCGGGCGCCGGGCCACAGGUGGCAAACGGGAAUGUGCGCAACGGCGAGGUGAUCUCGCCCACACGGCCCACGGCCGCGCAGGCGCCGCCGGACCUGCCGCAAGGCCUGCUCGACGGGGCGGAGCUGCUGCCCAAGUACCGGCGCGACCUGGUGAGCAAGAUGCGGGCGCUGCGGGCGGAGCUGCAGGCGCUGCAGCCUCAGUCCGGCCACUGUCGGCUGGAGGUGUCACGCGCGGAGAUCUUCGAGGAGAGCUAUCGGCUGAUCAUGAAGAUGCGCCCCAAGGACAUGCGCAAGAGGCUGAUGGUGAAGUUCAGGGGCGAGGAGGGCCUGGACUAUGGCGGCGUGGCGCGCGAGUGGCUGCAUCUGCUGUCCAGGGAGAUGCUGAAUCCGCAGUACGGGCUGUUCCAAUACAGCCGCGACGACUACUACACGCUGCAGAUCAACACAGACUCCGCCGUGAAUCCCGACCACCUGUCGUACUUUCACUUCGUGGGCAGGAUUCUGGGCAUCGCCGUGUUCCACGGCCACUGCCUGGACGGCGGCUUCACGACGCCCUUCUACAAGCAGCUGCUGAACAAGCCGAUCACGCUCAACGACAUCGAGGGCGUGGAUCCGGACCUGCACAGGAGUCUCACGUGGAUUCUGGAGAACGUCAUCGACGGCGUCAUUGAGACGACUUUCAGCGUGGAGAACAACAGCUUCGGGGCGCUGAAAGUGCACGAGCUGAAGCAGGGCGGAGCCGGAAUUGCCGUGACGGAGGAGAACAAGAAGGAGUACGUGAAGCUCUACGUCAACUAUCGGUUCAUGCGCGGAAUUGAGCAGCAAUUCCUGGCAUUGCAGAAAGGCUUCUGCGAGCUGAUUCCCAGCCAAUUGCUGCGGCCGUUUGACGAGAGGGAGCUGGAGCUCGUGAUCGGCGGCAUUAGCAGUAUUGACGUGAACGAUUGGAAGCAGCACACGCGCCUGAAGCACUGCACGCCGGAGACGCAGCAAGUCGUGUGGUUCUGGCAGAUUGUGGAGUCGUACACGUCGGAGAUGCGCGCGCGGCUGCUGCAGUUCGUCACGGGCUCGUCGCGCGUGCCGCUGCAGGGCUUCCGGGCGCUGCAGGGCUCCACGGGCGCCGUGGGGCCGCGCCUGUUCACCAUCCACCUCACGGCGGACGUGCCAACGCAGAACCUGCCCAAGGCGCACACGUGCUUCAACCGCAUCGACCUGCCGCCCUACGACACGCACCAGCUCAUGUAUGACAAGCUCACGCAGGCCGUCGAGGAGACGUGCGGCUUCGCCGUUGAAUGAUCCGCGCGCGCCGCGGCGUCCAUCCGGCUGUACCUUGGCGCGAUGCGCGGGAAGAAACGCGCGCUGUUUCCUCGGGUUGCGGGAGAUUGGCGGGAAGAGGACGAAGAGAGAUAUUUCGAUGGAAUUUGAGUGAUAAAUGAUUAAUUUUAGUGUUUUUAUUUUCUAUUGCAUUAAGAUUAACUAUAUAUUCUAUUUGAGAGUGGAUCAGCGAGAAAAAAUUGCAUAAGAGGAAUUUUAUCAAAAAUGGUAUACAAAAACACACAAAAAGAUGAAAAAAAUUUUAGGUAAAAGAGAGAAUAUAAUUCGGAAAAAAUGCUUGUAGAACAUUUUUUUUAUCUUAUAUAACUGAGAUUAUGGCGAUGAAAAAAGUAGAUAAAUUUUCAGAGAAUUGCGCGAAAGCUUUAUAUCAUGUUCUUUUUACAAUUCUUUUUGUUUGUAGCUUGAAUUUGGAGGACAAAAAUUGAAAAACACUUUUGAGCAUUGUUUUUACUGCCAUUCAAAGGCAAUGGAAAAAGGAAGCAGAAAAAGAAUUCUAGGUGAAAUAAUAAUGAAGAAAAAACCCUGUGAAAUAUUUGAUAUUAUUUUACUAUUUUAACAAUUUAUAAUCUUCAUAUGAAAAGUAAUCUUUCAACGACAAUUCAAACGGUCUAAUGGAGCCUCCGAAGUGGAAUUCGUUCUGUUUUUACGUCGAUGUUAAGAGAGGAAUGCGAUUGAUUUUUAGAGAAGAUGAAUUAUAUUAAGCGUUUCAUUAUAAAGAAAGGUCUAUGUAAUGUACUGAUAAGAGAAGAACACAGCUGAAAUGAUAUAUAAAUCUAGGACAUAAUUGAAGAAGAGGAAAAAAAAAACUACUGUAUAUACAAUGAUGAAUCAUAUUUUAUUUUGUAAUUUUAAAUAGGCCGAGAAAGGACAGAAUUGAGUGACAAAUUUGCCCAAGAACUUUGACUGCAACGCGCGAAAUCGAUUUUUCUUGCACAAAAGCACAACACACAAUAAUGAAGGCAUUUCUGGGCGAAUGUGUCGCGGAGCCAGGAAAGUAAUUAAAAAGAAAGAAACAUGAUUUUUAUCCAGAGAAAA